AUGACAUACCCCUGCUCUCAUCUCUUCCAUCAUUCCAAAUGGAAGGCUACUAAGCGGAAGAGAAUGAGGCGUUCAUGCCUUAGGACUCUUCGCAUCUUCAACAAAUUUUGUGUGUAUAUAUCUAUCUAUCUAUCUAUCUAUCUAUCUAUCUAUCUAUCUAUCUAUCUCUCUCUCUCUCUCUCUCUAUAUAUAUAUAUAUAUAUAUAUAUAUAUAUGCAUAUGCAUGUUUCACUAAAAACAACAGACAAGUUCUAUAUUAUCACACUCUCUUUUUUUUCAUCACACUUUAAACUUAGGUUUUUUUUGCUUUCAUUUUCCUCCUCUCUACCUCCUUUUCUCUCUUGUCUUUUUUUUUUCUUCUUCUCUGUCUUUCUCUCUCUCUCUGUCUUUUCUCUUUCUCUCCUCUCUCUCUGUCUUUUUCUCUCUCCUCUCUAUGUUUUUUCUUUUUUCAUUUCUCUUUCUUAUUUUCUCCUCUCUCUGUCUUUUCUCUUUCAUCUUUCUCUCCUCUCUCUGUCUUUUCUCUCCUCUCUCUGUCUUUUCUCUCCUCUCUCUGUCUUUUCUCUCCUCUCUCUGUCUUUUCUCUCCUCUCUCCGUCUUUUCUCUUUCUCUCCUCUCUCCGUCUUUUCUCUUUCUCUCCUCUCUCUGUCUUUUCUCUUUCUCUCCUCUCUCUGUCUUUUCUCUUUCUCUCCUCUCUCUGUCUUUUCUCUUUCUCUCCUCUCUCUGUCUUUUCUCUUUCUCUCCUCUCUCUGUCUUUUUUUCUCCUCUCUCUGUCUUUUCUCUCUCUCUCUGUCUUUUUUCUCUCCCUCUCUCUCUUCUUUUCUCUCUCUCUCUCUCUGUCUUUUUUUUUCUCUCUCUCUUUUCUCUUUCUCUCUCUGUCUCUCUCCUCUCUCUGUCUCUUUCUCCCUCUCUCUGUCUUUUCUCUUUCUCUCUCUCUUUCUCUCCUCUCCUCUGUCUUUCUCUUUCUCUCUCUUUGUCUUUUCUCUCCUCUCUCUCUCUUUUUUUCUCUCUUCUCUGUCUUUUCUCUCUCUCUCUCUGUCUUUUCUCUCUCUCUCUCUGUCUCUCUUCUCUGUCUUUCUUUUCUCUUUUCUCUCUCUCUGUCUUUCUCUUUCUCUCUCUCUCUGUCUUUUUCUCUCCUCUCUCUCUCCUCUCUCUGUCUUUUCUCUCCUCUCUCUCUGUUUUCUCUUUCUGUCUCUCCUCUCUCUUUUGUCUUUUUCUCUUUCUCUCCUCUCUCUCUGUUUUUUUCUCUUUCUCUCUCUCUGUCUUUUUCUCUCUUCUUUUUCUUGUCUUUCUUCCUUCUCUGUCUUUUCUCUCUCUCUCCUUCUCUGUCUUUUUCUCUUUCUCUCCUCUCUCUGUCUUUUCUCUUUCUCUCCUCUCUCUGUCUUUUCUCUCCUCUCUCUGUCUUUUCUCUCCUCUCUCUGUCUUUUCUCUUUCUCUCCUCUCUCUGUCUUUUCUCUCCUCUCUCUGUCUUUUCUCUCCUCUCUCUGUCUUUUCUCUCCUCUCUCUGUCUUUUCUCUCCUCUCUCUGUCUUUUCUCUUUCUCUCCUCUCUCUGUCUUUUCUCUUUCUCUCCUCUCUCUGUCUUUUCUCUUUCCCUCCUCUCUCUUUCUCUUUUCUUUUCUCUCUCUCCUCUCUUUCUUUUUUUUCUCUCUCUCUCUCUUUUUUUUUCUUUUCUCUCUCUCUGUCUCUCUUUCUUCCUCAUCUUUCUCUUUAAAUUUUCUUUUCUCUCUCUCUCUGUCUUUUCUUUCUCUCUCUCUCUCUCUUUCUCUCCUCUCUUGUCUUUCUCUUCUCUCUAUCUUUUCUCUCCUCUCCUGUCUUUUUUUUCUUUUCUCUCUUCUUGUCUUUUUCUCCUUUCUCUGUUUUUUUCUCUUUUCUUUCUCAUAAUUUUCUCUUUCUUUCCUCUCACUCUCUCUUUUCUUUUCUCUCUCUCUCUUUUUCUCUCUCUCUCUGUCUUUUUUUCUCUCCAGUCUUUUCUCUUUCUCUCCCUCUCUCUCCUCUCCUCUUUUCUCUCCUCUCUGUCUUUUCUUUUCUCUUUUCUCUCCUCUCUCUCCUCUUUUCUCUCUCUCUCUGUCUUUCUCUCUCUCUCUCUGUCUUUCUCUCUCUUUUUCUUUUUUCUCCUCUCUGUCUUUUCUCUUUCUUUUCUCUUUCUUUUCUCUCUUCUUUCUCUCUGUCUGUCUUUUAAACUUCUGUCUUUUCUCUUUCUCUUUUUUUUCUUUUUUUCUCUCUUUCUCUCUCUCUGUCUGUCUUUUUUCUCUCUCCUCUCUGUUUUCUUUUCUCUUCUCUCUCUCUCUCUUUGUCUUUUCUCUCUCUCUUUUCUUUUUCUCUCUCUUUUCUUUUCUCUUCUCUUUUUCUCUUUUCUCUCUCUCUCUCUCUCUCUGUCUUUCUCUCUCUCUCCUCUCUCUCUCUCUCCUUUGUCUUUUCUCUCUCUCUCUUUCUUUGUCUUUUCUCCUCUCUCUCUGUCUUUUCUCUUUUCUCUCUCUCUCUCCUCUCUCUGUCUUUUCUCUUCUCUGGCUCUGUCUUUUCUUUUCUCUCUGGACUUUUCUCUUUCUCUCUCUCUCUGUCUUUUCUCUCUCUCUCUCUGUUCUCUUUCUGAAUCUUUUCUCUCUCCUCUCUUGUCUUUUCUCUCCUCUCUCUCUCUCUCUCUCUCUCUGUCUUUGUCUUUUCUCUCUCUCUCUCCUCUUUUUCUCUCUCUCUCUGUCUUUCACUCUCUCUCUGAUCUCUCUCCUCUCUCCCUCUUUUCUUUUCUCUUUUCUCUCUUUUCUCUCCUCUGUCUUUCUCUCCUUUUGUCUCUUUUCUCUUUCUCUCUUCUUUUCUUUGUUUCUCUCUGUCUUUUUUCUCUCUCUCUCUGUAUUUUUUCUUUUUCUCUCUCUCUCUCUUCUCUCUCUUCUCUCUGCUUGAUCUUUCUCUCUCUCUCUGUCUUUUCUCUCUCUGUCUUUUCUCUCCUCUCUCCUGUUUUUUUCUCUGUCUUUUCUCUCCUCUCUCUUCUUUUCUUGAUUUUUCUCCUCUCUCUGUCUUCUCUUUUAAUUCUGUCUCUCUUUCUCUUUCUUUCUCUUUUCUCUAUCUCUGUGGUUUUCUCUAAAUCUCUGUCUUUUCUCUCCUUUUUCUCUUUCUCUCCUCUCUCUGUUUUUUCUCUCCUCUCUCUGUCUUUUCUCUUUCUCUCCUCUCUCGUCUUUUCUCUUUCUCUCCUCUCUCUGUCUUUUCUCUUUCUCUCCUCUCUCUGUCUUUUCUCUCCUCUCUCUUCUUUCUUUUCUCUCUCUCUCUCAAAGAUUUCUCUUUCUCUCCUCUCUCUGUCUUUCUCUUCUCUCUCUUUUUCUCUCCUCUCUCUGUCUUUUUCUCUCUCUCUUUCUCUGUUUUUCUCUCCUCUCUCAUUUUCUCUUUCUCUUUUUUCUCCUCUCUCUCCGUCUUGGUCUUUCUCUGUCUUUUCUCUCCUUUCUCUUUCUCUCUCUGUCUCUUCUUUCUCUUUCUCUUUCUUUCUCUCUUUUCUUUCUCUCUCUCUCUUCUGUCUUUUCUCUCCUCUCUCUGUCUCUUUUCUCUCCUCUCUCUGUCUUUCUCUCCUGCCUCUUCUCCUCUCUCUGUCUUUCUCUUUCUCUUUUCUUUCUUUCUUUCUCUCUCUUUCUCUUUCUCUCCUUUCUCUGUCUUUUUUCUCUCUCUCUUUUCUUUUCUCUCUUUUCUCUUUUUCUCUCUCUCUCUGUCUUUUCUCUUUCUCCUUUUUUCUCUCUCUCUCUCUUUUCUCUUUUCUCUCUCUCUUUCUUUUCUCUCUCUCUCUCUUUCCUCUGUCUCUCUGUCUUUUCUCUUUCUCUCUCCUCUCUCUGUCUUUUCUCCUCUCUCUCUCUUUCUCUUUCUCUCUUUCUUUUCUCUCCUUCUCUCUCUCUAAAUUUUCUUUCUCUCUCUCUCUCUUUCUCUUUCUCUCUUUCUCUCUCUCUCUCUUUUCUUUUCUCUCUCUCUCUCUCUCCUCUCUUUCUUUUCUCUCUCUCUCUUUCUUUCUCUCCUCUCUCUCUUCUCUCUUUCUCUCUUGUCUUUUCUCUUAUCUCUUUCUCUCUCUCUUCUCUCUCUUUUCUCUCUCUCUCUCUCUCUUUCUCUCCUCUCUCUCUCCUCUCUUUCUUUUCUCCUCUCUCUUCUUUUUCUUUCUUCUCUUUCUUUUUUUCUCUCUUUCUCUCUUUUUCUCUCCUCUCUCUGUCUUUUCUCUUCUCUCUUCUCUCUCCUUUCUAUCUUUCUCUCUCUGUCUUUUUCUCUCCUCUCUCUGUCAUCUUUAUUUUUCUGAUCUAUAUCUCUUUCUCUCCUCUCUCUGUCUUUUCUCUUUCUCUUUCUCUUCCUUUCUCUCUCUCUAUGUUUCUUUCUCUUUCUCUCUCGUCUUUCUCUCUGUUUUUUCCUCUUCUCUCUCCUCUCUCCUCUCUCUCUCUGUCUUUUCUCUUUCUCUCUUUUUCUUCCUCUCUUUCUUCUCAUUUUCUCUUUCUCCUCUCUCUGUCAAAAUUUCUCUCUCUUCUUUUUUCUCUCUCUUUCUCUCUGUCUUUUCUUUUCUCUCUUUUUCUCUCUGUCUCUCUCUCUUUGUUUUUCUUUCUCUGUCUUUCUCUGUCUUCUCUCUUUCUCUCCUCUCUCUCUCUCUUCUCUCCUCUCUCUGUCUUUUUUCUCUCUCUCUCUGUUUUUCUUCUCUGUCUUUCUCUCUCUCUCUGUCUAUUUUCUCUUUUCUCUCUCUCUCUCUUUCUUUUUCUCUCUCUCUUUCUCUUUCUCUCUCCUCUCUGUCUUUCUCUCCCUUUCUCUCCUCUCUCUGUCUUUUCUCUCCUCUCUCUGUCUUUUCUCUUUCCUUCUCUCCUCUCUCCUCUCUCUUUCUUUUCUCUCUCUCUGUCUUUUCUCUCCUCUCUCUGUUUCUCUCCUUUUCUCUUUUUCUCUUCUCUCUUUUCUCUCCUCUCUCUCUCUUUUCUUUCUCUCUCUGUCUUUCUCUUUUCUCUCUGUCUUCUCUGUCUUUCUCUUUCUCUCCUCUCUCUGUCUUUUUCUUUCUCUCUUCUCUCUCUCUCUCUCUUUCUCUUUCUCUUUCUUUCUCUCUCUCUCUCUGUCUUUUUUCUCUUUCUCUCUCUCUCUCUGUCUUUCUCUCCUCUCUUUCUCUCUUCUCUCCUCGUCUUUCUCUCCUCUCUCUCCUCUGUCUUUCUCUCCCUUUUCUCUCUGUCUUUCUCCUCUCUCUGUCUUUUCUCUUUUCUGUCUUUUCUCUCUCUGUCUUUUCUUUUCUCUCCUCUCUCUCUCUUUUCUCUCUCUCUCUCUCUCUUUUCUCUCCCUCUCUCUCUCUCUCUCUCUCUUUCUCUUUCUCUCUCUCUCUGUCUUUUCUCUCUCUGUCUUUUUUCUCUUUCUCUCUUUUUCUCUCUCUGUCUUUUUCUCUCUUUCUUUCUUUUCUCUCUCUCUCUCUCUUUCUCUCUUUCUUUUCUCUGUUUUUCUUCUCUGUCUUUUUUCUCUCUCUCUCUGUCUUUCUCUCUCUCCUCUCUCUUUUUCUCUUCUCUCUCUCUUUCUCUCUCCUCUUUCUCUCUUUCUGUCUUUCCUUUCUCUCUCUCUUUUCUCUCUUUCUCUCUGUCUUUUUCUUUUUCUCCUCUCUCUCUCUCUUCUUUUUCUCCCUCUCUCUGUCUUUUCUCUCUCUCUCUCUUUUCUCUUGUCUUUCUCUCUUUUCUCUCUCCUCUCUCUGUCUUCUCCUCUUUCUUUUCUCUCCUCUGUCUUUUCUCUCUUCUUUUUUUCUCUUUCUCUUCUCUCUCUUUUCUCUUUCUCUCUCUUCUGUCUUUUUCUCUCUGUCUUUUGAUCUCUCUCUUUCUCUGUCUUUCUCUUUCUCUCUCUCUCUCUCUCUGUCUUUUCUCCUCUCUCUCUUUUCUUCUCUCUCUAAGAAUUCUCUCUCUCUCUCUCUCUCUCCUAUUUUCUCCUCUCUGUCUUUUUCUUCUCUCUGUCUUUCUCUCUCUCUCUCUUUUUUUUCUCUUCUUUCUUUUUCUCUUUCUCUUUCUUCCUUCCUUUCCUUAAUUUGGAGAUUUUCUAAUUCAUCUCUUCUUUUUUUUCUCUUUUGUUCUUUCUUUUCUGUUUUAAUGAAAAGAAGAAUGAGAAAGAAAUGUUUUAUCGAGUUGCAUAUUAUUAAAAUCUUGAGAUCUGCAAUACUGGAAAUAAGAGUGGGCAAUUCUUUGAGGAAUAAUGGAUCUUUUUUCCUUUCUUUGAGUUUUAAUUGA